AGGCCCAAGGUUGAGGGAAGCAGCAGAUUUUCUUUGUUGCAGUCAGUGGUUGGUGGGGAGGUUGUCAGUUGGUGGAAACGGAAGUCAGAAUAGAGAUAUUGAGGGGUAAGUUUGCUAAGAAAAGAGUGAAAAAAAGAAACAUCUGCAAGCAAUAUGCUGUUUUUGCAACUUGCAAUGUUAGCUGGUCUGUCAAGCGGUGACAAUGCAGACGCAGUUCAGGAACAUACCUCAUUCCAUCUCAUCCAGAUCUCAUCCUUUGCCAACCAAUCCUGGGCACAAAAUCAGGGCUCAGGUUGGCUGGAUGAAUUGCAAACUCAUGGCUGGGAGAGUAAAAAUGGCACAAUAAUUUUCCUGUACACCUGGUCCAAGGGUAAUUUCAGCAAUGAGGAGUUGAAAGACCUGGAGCUAUUAUUUCGUGUUUAUUUCAUUGGAUUAACUCGGGAGAUUCAAGACUACACCAGUGAAUUGCAGUAUGAAUAUCCAUUUGAAGUACAGGUAACAGUGGGCUGUGAGCUACAUUCUAGAGAUGUUGCAAAAGGUUUCUUCCGGGUAGCUUAUCAAGGAUCAGAUUUCCUGAGUUUCCAAAACAUGUCAUGGGUGCCAUCUCCAGAGGGUGACAGUAGGGCCCAAAAUGUCUGCUAUGUAAUCAAUCAGUAUGAAGACAUCAAGGAAACAGUGCACAGCCUCAUCAGCGACACCUGUCCCCGAUUUAUCUUGGGUCUCCUUUAUGCAGGGAAGAUGGAUCUCCAGAAACAAGUGAAGCCAGAGGCCUGGCUGUCCAGUAGCCCCAUCCUUGGCUCUAGCCAGCUAUUUCUGGUUUGUCAUGUCUCUGGCUUCUACCCAAAGCCUAUCUGGGUGAUGUGGAUGCGAGGUGAACAGGAGCAGCCAGGCACUCAGCAAGGUGAAGUCCUGCCCAAUGUUGAUGGGACAUGGUAUCUUCGGGUGACUCUGGAUGUGGAGGCUGAGGAGGCAGCUGGCCUGUCUUGCCAGGUAAAACACAGCAGUCUAGGAAACCAGGACAUCAUUCUCUACUGGGGACAUCACCUUUCCAUGAAUUGGAUCCUGUUGGCAGUGAUAGCACCCCUAAUGCUUUCGAUAGUCUUUGCAUUAUGGUUUAAGAAGCGCUGCUCAUAUCAAGACAUCCCAUGAGAUUCCUCACAACGUCUUUCUCAUUGUAAUGAGAACUCAAGAGCCAGAAGUCUAGGACAACAGAGUGAUGCCAUUCUUUCUACUCUCCACUUAAAUUUCCCCCCCGUUUCUGCAUUAUGAUCAUUUGUUAAUGCAAGCUAAUUUAAUUUCUGUAUCUUUAUGUGGACUGCCUACCUUGUAAUUUCCAUUUGUUCAGUAGUACUCAACCUUCAAGCCCAUUUCUGAUGUCAUAUCCUCCAGAGGUCUUCCCUGAUCCAUAAGAAGGAAGCAGUCUCCUCCUUGAGUGAACCCAGAUAGCACUUCAACCAUAUUCUGCUACACGUACACAUCACUUCUUACCCUACAUUGUUACUUAGGUCUUUCUUCCCCUUACAAUAUUUAACUCCUUUGGGACAAUGAUCAUGGCAAAGGCGCCUUUCUGCAUGUAAUAUGUGCUUGGUGAAAAUCAAACUAAAACAAACAAACAAAAGGCAUAUCCAAGUUGGAUUAACUGUCAUGUUGAUAGUCUUUUCUCAUUAUAUUCAUUCCUUACAUCAUUGUAGUAUUUGAAACAUUGAUGUUUCCCUUCUUAAUUACUUGGUCAAGAAAUUCCCCACUCUUUUUGUUCCAUCGUGUUCUUCCUAAACUCUUAAAGAAAACUGCAGCUUUGCCCCUUGCCACAUUUAUUUUCUAAAUACAGCAAGCUACCUCUUUUCAACUUGUUCCAAACACAAAAAGAGAAAGAGUGUGUAGGCCAUUGUGAAGGAUAGUGGGGCAGAUGUGUCACUGACGGUCAAGGAAAAGAAGAAAGAGAGCUGGUCCUCAGGACUAAUGUGGGAUCAAAGCACGGGAUGUAAACAGAAGACAAAUCCCCCAAAGGGUGGUGCUAUCUGAGAUACACUUGCCUAGACUUCGGUCCCCUUAAGUUCUAUUUACUAAUUUAAGUAAUAUUUGUUAAGCAUUGAGUAUGAGACAGGCACAUACAACUUGUAAACUUGUGGGGGAGAAAACAACCAAAAUUGUACCACCUACCUGAAGUUGGAAUGUUUACUUCUUUAGUCUGUUCAUGUCCUUUUUACUGGUUACAUUUUUUUGUAUCUUCUUAAUUUUUUUGAAUCAACUUUAUGGAUGUAUAAUUUAUAUACAUCUAUUUUAAGUUUACAGUUCCAUUCAUUUUGACAAAUGUAUACACCCAUAUAAACAUGACUACAGACAAAAUAUAGAAUAUUUCCAUUACCCCAAUACCCCUCAUAUUCAUUUGCAAUUAAACCCACUGCCCUUGGUAUCCGUGCAACUACUGAUAUGCUUUGUGUUGGUUAAGCUUGGAUUUCUCUUUUCUAUAAUUUUAUUAAAAUGGAAUAAACUGUAUGUACUUUUUAUAUCUGGCAUGUUUCCCCACCUAGCAUAUGGUUAUAAGACAUUUGUGUUGCUUAUCCACAUAUUUGUAGUCGAUUCCUUUUUAUUGCUCAAUAGAAGUCCAUAUAUGAAUGUCCUAUAAUAUACAUAUUUUUAAAUCCAUCCACUCUUUGUUCAUUUGGUGUGUCUAG